ACCAUCAUGCAGGGUUUGCUCCUCAUUUGAAAGCUAUCGCUGCUUAAGAGAGGACACUGUGUCUAGAAAUUACCAGAGAUAUAGAGAAUAACAACAGUGUGGAGUACAAAAACAACAGAGAAGAGUAAGCACUAACAGGUUCCUUCCAGCCAUGUCUGAGACUAAGCCUGCAAACUCGUUCUCGAGGAAGCCCUCGACCAACAAGAACAUCAAGAAGCUGCGGACGCUGAGUGUAGUGUGCAACUUGGCAAAGAGCUGGCAGCAGUGGAUAUGCGAGAAUGAGGAGAAGCAGGCCAGCGAGCCCACAGGCUGGGCCCCAGACAGUUAUGGGCCCCCUGAAACCAUCAAGAAGGAACAGACCAAGCCUCAACCUUCUCAGAAGAAAGUUCCUCUUAGCCAGACUCAAAAGCCCCAGGGUCAGGUGAAGGAGAAGAAAGUGGAGGAGGAACCUGAGGAAUCUCGUAUCAAGACCAAGCAGGUGGUCAAGACGGUGACACGAGACGUCCAGGAGAAGAGCGCCGGCAUUGGGUUUCUGACCAACCUCAUUUGUAAGGACCCAACAACAGAGGAACUGGACAAGAUGCUGAACAAAAGGAGCUCACCCACACGGCGCAGGAAGUGCUCUAAUAUGGUCUCGGAGCUGACACAGAGCUGGAAAGAGAUGGAGAAGGAGCAGAAGAAGGCCAGGGAAGCUAAUGAGGACAGCCACUCAUCUGAAGCAAAGGAGAGAGUGCUGGAAUUGGACACUAAUUUGGAGAACCUGGAGGACACCAAAGAGAAUGAAGAAGAGUCAUCAUCACUCAAGAUCAAGAGACCAUCAUCACUUGGGUCCAAAAAGGAAGUGGAGGAUGCCAAUAAAAUAAACGCCCUCUCCACCAAGUACAGCGCUGUGGGGAAUCUAAAGAGCCGCUGGCAGAACUGGGCUUCGGAACACACCAUCAACCAGAAGCUGAACCCUUUCAGCGACGAUUUCGACUAUGAGUACUCCAUGUCCACGCGCCUGCGGAAAGGCGAGGAGGGUUACGGACGGCCCAAGGAGGGCAGCAAGACAGCAGAGAGGGCAAAGCGGGCCGAGGCACACAUCCAGCGCGAGAUCGAACACAUGUGCUUCAUCAUACGGACCAUGGCUGACCCGGACCCGGAUGGUUACACCCGGAUCACCUUCGGUCAACUGUUUGACAGAUAUGUGCGAAUCUCUGACAAAGUAGUGGGCAUCCUGAUGAGGGCCAGGAAGCAUGGCAAAGUUGACUUUGAGGGAGAGAUGUUGUGGCAGGGCCGGGACGAUGAGGUCAUCAUCACGCUACUUGUGUGACACAAGGAGGCACUUUUUUAUGACAUCAUGCACUCUAAAAGCGAGGAGAGGAGAGAGGAUUGAGUUUGCUGCUAUAAAUAAGAUAUAGACAGAUACGUACAGUGAGCAGCUAUUUUAUAGACUUUGACCUUUUUAUCAGUACCUAUUAUAUAGAUCCAAGUAUACACUGUAUAUACUGUAUACACUGUUAUAAGGCAAAUUAUUACACAGCUAACUCAACUCGACACUAGAAUUCACCCAGCUUUAACUUCAUAGUUAAGUCCAAAGUCCUCCUAAUUCUUCUAGUUCUACAUCUUAGUUAGGUAAACAAUAUCUAGCUGGGAUUUCAUUUAUCAUACAGUCCCACCAGGCAUUUUCUCCUUUUGACAAGUGUGCCACAAGUGUGCCAUUGCUGUGGUUUAAAGACAUUAUUUCUUGAUUUUGGGGCCUCUAAGGAUGCUUAGGAUUGUUGUUUUAACUUUAAAUAGUCAUUUUAACUUCAAAAAGUAAGUGACUUUAAAUUUUCAAUUUAUUAAAUAUCAAAAUACAAGUUUACCUUACAACAUAUAACACAGACUGUUCAACUGUUAACUUAAUAUUUGAUUUUCAGUUAACUCAAAAAUUGAGGUCAGCCACAAAAUUACAUAAAAACAACGGAAUUUAAAUUGCAAAACUUGGAUACUGAAGUCAUUUCACGUGUUCCUAGGUUUUACUAAUAAUGUAAGUUGUAGUGUACAAAUAUCUACUGUAUCCCAUCAGUUGCUAUGCACAAAUCACCCUCUAUCCUUUCUAUCAAUGGAAAAACGACCACCACAGAAACAUUGCUCACCAGAUAUUAUUUGGGAGAUGGACCAUUCCCAGCCCAGCAGUGAUCCCAACAUGGUUUUAAUGUGGUACAAGUGUUUCAAGUACAGCAGUGUUGCUGGACUUUACACUGUGUACAAUUACAUUAGUCAUUUUCUAACCCUUCAUCAGUGGUCAGUUUCUGACCACAGGACCAAUAGUAGUUGGAUUCUCUACCAGCACAAUACGCACAAGCAUGGUACUAACAUGCUGGAGUCACUCUUGUGCUGAGAAUGGACUCUUCAGUUGAUAUCUGGUCAUCAGAGGUUUCAUUGAUGGACGGUGAAGAGGGUGAACAGCUCAUUAUGCAGUGACUGGUGGGUCACUGUCAGUAAUUGUGAACCUACAAGGUGUUUCUGAUAAAUUGGCCAGUGAGCCUACAGCGUAGGCGUACCUGAUAAACUGGAAACUCGGUGUAGUUUGUAGUGGUAGAAGAGUAAUACUGGUGGUAGGAAAGUUUACUUUUUUUAAUAGUUGAAAUUUGGAUUAAAAGCUUCUCAGAAAUGUG